AAAACCCGAGUAAAAUCCUGCUAGUCGUAAUCAAAACCACAUCUUCUAUCACGGCAAUCUCCACCGCCGGCAUGGGCGGCGCCACCAGGUUCAUGACACUCCUCACCGCCCCUUUCCCACCCCUCCGCCCAUCGCUUAUCCUUCUCCACCGCCGUAUCUCCUCUCUUUCCAUCACUCCGCUUCGUCUCCACAGACGCUCUUCUCCUUCCAAAUUGAAAACCCUAACUCCUCAUCCGGCGAGCUGCUUCCACUCUCAGUCGAGCAAUCACACGUACUCACUUCAAUCUUCCGCGGCUCAGCCGCAGCAGCAGCCCCUCCACCACCCGUGGCCGGAAUGGACCAAUUUUCUCAAUUAUAUAUCGAGUGAACAUGGACAUUCUGCCCCUCACGGCGACAAAAUUCCGCCGGAGGACGCGUUUGUGGUAUAUGAGAAAUUGAGCGACGAUUUUGUUAACGCCGCCGCCGCGUGCUUUGCUUUCUCUCGUGCCCGACCAGAUCUUAUCGGAUUGCUUUCGAGGAAGAAUAUUGAAGCUGUUGUGUCAAAUGGAACUCCAUUUUUGUUCAAAAGUGCACUUGACACGGCAAGAAGGAUGAGGGCUUUUUUGGGAACUGAUGGCAGCAAUGUAGUAGAAGUUGAUAAAGCAAGAUUGACUGAUCUAAUGAAGUAUAUAAUAAGUUAUGCAAGCAACCCUACAGCGUCCUCUGAGAGAAAUGGGCUGUAUAGUAGGGAACUUGUUGAUUCAUCAGUGCGGAAUCUGUUACUUGAAAUGGUUGCAGUAUGUGGUGGAGAUCCAACAGGACACAUGGCUGCUUCAGGAAAUCAGUUUCCGGGCAGUGAUAGACACGCCAAAAAUCCUUAUGGACAAAAUAUUGAAAUGAAGAGAGGCGACUGGAUAUGUCAGAAGUGUGAUUUUAUGAAUUUUGCUAGAAACAUUAAAUGUCUUGAAUGUGAAGAACCCAGACCAAAGAGACAACUAGCUGGCGGAGAGUGGGAAUGCCCUCAAUGCAGUUUCUUUAAUUAUGGAAGGAAUGUAGCUUGUUUGAGAUGUGACUGUCGAAAACCUGGUGCUCUGUUGUUUAAUAAUAGUAACUCUCCAAGUAUUGGGUCAAACUCUCCAUCUCUGUCAGGACCUUCAGAAAUUCGAUAUCCAGGGAGCAACCAUGCAAAUACUGUUUCUUUUGUGCCACCAGGCCCACCACCGCCAGAUACACCCUCUAGGAGACAUCAAACUCCGGAGAUGGAUAAUGGAAAUAAAGUACCAGUAGAAGCUAACGGUACAGCCUUAUCAGAUGGCAGGAACAGGAAAUCUAUAAGCAGCAUGCCUCAGGGUUUAUCUGGGAAUAAUCAGUUUUCAAAGGACUCGGCAAGUCAGACUGACAUCCAGAGUAGUGAGAGAGAGCAAACUGAAAAGUCAGAAAGAUGGUUCAAGAGGAUGGCUGAACUGCAAAAUGCCAAGGAUUUCCCAAGUGCAGUUUCAGAUGAUGACUUCCCUGAGAUAAUGCCAAUGCGGAAGGGAGAGAACCGGUUCGUGGUAGGUAAAAAAAAAGACCGGUCACUUACUUCUCCACAGUACAAAAGACAGGUAGCAAUGGAUCAGGCAAAUAAUACUAAUUUUGUACCUUUCGUUCCCUUCCCUCCUGGCUAUUUUGCAAACAAAGGCACAGAGCAGUCUAGCGGUCCAGAUUCACCAGAAAGUACUGUUGGUGAUACAUCUUUUACUCAAUCAAUGGUACAGACUGAUAAAUUGGAUGCAAAGCCUGGAAUGGCAGAUUCAAGUACUGUUUCCAGGAAUGAUCAAAAAGCAAGGAGCUCAGGGAACUCUGUGUAUACUAGUGAAACCAGUGCUGCACAAUUUGGUGGUGAUUAUUCGAAACAGUAUAGUGGGGGCACGGUCCAAAAUUCUUUCGCUUCUGACACCAUGAACACUAAUACACAAACUGGUGGAUAUUCUGGAGACGGGAAUGCUUCCGUAGCUGGACAUGGAGGAGCUUCGUCUCAGCUGCCUAAAAAUGAGAAUGUCCGGACUGGCUGGAGCGGUCCUAGCUUGGAGGGGUCAGCUGUCACAGAACCAGAUCUGCUGGACAUGUCAGAGGAAGCGAAAGCCGAAAGGUGGUUCAAACGUGUAGCUCAGAUAAAGGAUAUCUCAGAGCUAAGUCAGAUCCCAGAUGAAGACUUCCCCUCAAUAAUGCCAAUGCGGAAGGGUGUUAACAGAUUCGUCGUGAGCAAGAGGAAAACGCCCCUCGAACGGCGGCUGACAAAUCAGCAAUACAGAAGAAAUCUUCCUAUUAUCCCUAAUAAUCCAUUGAAGAAGGACGGCGAGAGCAGUUAAAUUCAGCGAGUUGUCAAUUUUAACAUAUGCUGCUGCAUGCUUGCAUAGUUAUAAAAGGAAAUGAAGUUAGUAUAUUGUAGUUAUCUUUCUAUUUGUUUUGAAUCAUUUAUUUUGUAAACAGGCAAAUUUCAGUACAUGCAUGUGAUUGUAUUGUACUCCA